GACGUUACAUCGACGCCAUUUUUGAUGCUACAUUUCCACUUUGCUGUUCUGAAAGCGUUAUUUUCCAAUCCUUUAUUGCAAUUCCUGAACCUGUCACCAUGAAUGCGAGCACUUAUGUUCAAGUUGAUCGGAUGAUCUGGUCCAAACUGACUUAUCCUGCCCCUUGCCAUCAACCCACUUCAAAGUCCCUGACCAUCCCUGCCCACUUGUCCCACCUGCCCGUCCCACAGACCCUUCGCCCAAGCACUGUCCCUUCUGUGUCCCUCACUAUCGCUGGUCAGUACAUCGUGGACGACACUGACUUUGUUGAAGUAGAUCUCGUGGAUGAGGAGAUCAUCCAGCCAACCCACUCCUUCCUGAAGGCCUUGCUAUCCAGGGUGGCCAACUUCUUCAGAAGAGUCAAGAGUGUGUUUAAGAAGAAGGAUGAUUAGGCAGUGAACUCUGAACACAUAUGUCUAUACUUAUAUACAAAACAUUUAUGAAUCAUUUUAGGACUGUUGAGGCAUUUGUUACAAUAUUUGGGAAAUACAUAAAAUCUAUCUCUGUUUGUUUUUGGCUAUUUUCUUUAUGUUAAUGAAAUACAUUAUUUGUUACAACAUUUUGUUUUGUUUUGAUUUGUUCCUUUUCUGCUAUUUUCUGUCACCGAGCGAAAACGCCACCGAUCGGCGAAAAUGUCACCUCGCAUAUUGACCACAACACGUGGUCCAGUUCAGCUUAACAAGAAUAAAUUGAAC